UACCUCAUUGUUUUAUUUCAUUCUAACUUCACAAGUUGUUUCUAUAGUAGCCGAUUUGAUGUAAGUUAUUAUCCUUUAGAAUCCAGUGAAUCCAGUGAUUUGUCUUGGGGCAAUUAAGCAGUUAAUUUGAUAUUUAUUGUUCAUGGCUUCUCUACCAAAUACUAUCGGUCCUUAUCAUCGACAAUCAGUAAUCUCAAUUUUAAAUUAUUUUUAUGAAGGAAGACUGGACAUCAAAUCGGAUCAUUGCAUCGAAACUCUUUUGUUAUCAUCACGUUUGGGACUUUUCGGGCUGACAGAAACCAUUUAUCGAUACAUAAUUUUCAAACUUAAAUCUGAAACAGCUUUAGAUUACCUGAGUCAGUUUAUUAAAAUCACUGAUUUUGAUAUAAACUCGUGUACCCAGCUAAAAAUUAUCCAGGAAAGGUGUUUAUCAAUUAUCGACAAAUACGGAAUUUCAGCUAUUUUGAGGCCUGCUCUUUACAAAUGUGAUUCUCGCAUAUUGACUUGGAUCGUCGCUCGAGAUUCGUUGAGAAUCAACGAAUGGACACUUUUCACGGCCUUAUUACAAUGGGCCAAUAAUCGUUGUGAAUUAACAAAUACAGUGUUGUGUAUGCAUUCAUUUAGAUCCCUUUUAGGACCAGUUUUUGAUCGAAUCAGAUUUCCACUGAUGAAAAUACCUGAACUGGUAACAGUUAAUAGAAGUGGUUUGGCUCUAAAAAGGAGUGAAUAUGAAUUAAUUUUAAGUUACCUAUUAGAUAAUCCAAAACCUGCAAUUCCCUUUCCAAUUACACCACGAUCACCAUUAGGAAUGGUUGCGGAAAGAUUUAAAUCUUCAAAAAUGGUUAUGGUUACUUCUUAUCCUCAAGAGGUCCAUCAAAUAGACUUAAUUGUCGAUCAACAGGUUCGAUUUAUUGGCAUAGGAAUAUUUACCCCCAAUUUUCAUCAUUUGUCUAUUGGUAAAACAUUGAUCAAUCUUCAAUUAUGGUAUGUUGCUGGAAGCGAGAGAAUUUUUUCAGUUACCCGGCGAUUAAUCCAUGGUUCUUUGUCCCAUCAAUCAAUCUAUCAAAUAAUUUUAUCUUCAUGCAUACAUCUUCUACCGAAAAUACGUUAUUCUCUAAUUAUGAUUCUUAAACAUAAUAACUGGCGAAAUAACAGCAAAGAGCUUACUGCAAUUUCUGGUGUUGGUGGAUCAAACAAUAUUCAGGUAGUAGUCGAUGAAAGAAACACUAUUAAUUGGAAAAUUAAGAACCCUCGUUUUCAUAUUCAACCUUAUCAUAACAAUAUUAAUGGGUCGUCAAUUAAAAAAGGCCAAUUCCAUAGUUUUAUAUUUGAUUGUAACUAAUCUAGAAAUAAAAAAUAAUGUGCUGCUAA